AUGGCUUUUAUCACCUACAUUUUACUGGCUGGAAUGGCUUUAGGAAUCCAGAAACGGUUCAGUCCAGAGGUUCUGGGUUUGUGUGCAAGCACGGCUCUGGUUUGGAUCAUCAUUGAAGUUCUUGUCAUGUUGUUCAGUCUUUACUUGCUCACAGUUCACACAGACCUCUCAAUGUUUGACCUUGUUGCUUACAGUGGAUACAAAUAUGUGGGGAUGAUUUUCACUGUGUUGUGUGGACUGCUCUUUGGCAGUGAUGGUUACUUCGUUGCUCUUGCUUGGUCUUCUUGUGCCCUCAUGUUUUUUAUUGUUCGUUCUCUAAAAAUGAAGAUCCUGUCUUCGUUCUCAGCAGACUCCAUGGGUGCAGGAGCGAGUGCCAAGCCCCAAUUUCGCUUGUACAUAACCCUGGCAUCAGCUGCCUUUCAGCCAAUCAUCAUUUACUGGCUCACUGCUCAUUUGGUCAGAUGACCUACAGUAUUUAAACUAUGAAGGAACUUUCAAAUGACAAUGCUGGACUGGGAUGGUUUCAUUUUUUAGCAUUGUUACAGAAAAGUGGCUUACCUUGAUUGUGUUUUUAUCCACAACGGAUUUAUGUGGUCUGAUCUUCAACAUUGGCUCCGUCAGCAAUGGCAUCUGCAGAUCAGUUGUUGAAAAUAUAAUUUAACAUUUUUACAGGAUUGUGUUUUUCUGUUGUUGAAAAUGGGAAAAUAACAGUUUGACUGCUCUUGUGUCUUCGCCAUGCUGCUUUAGUGUCACAAAAUCCAGACUUCAUUUUAAGAGGCAUGCUGAUUUAUCUGCACUGUGUUGUGAUUCUUGUGUGAUGUGCAAUUGGUGAACACAUGAUCAACUCAAGUGUCCUUCUUUCUUCUGUGCAUGAACAGCUGUUUUCUUUAUAGCGAAAUAAAUCCCAUAAAUUAGACUUUUAAGGUGUGUAGAAUUGUUUUCAUCUUGUCAAUUAAAGUAUCUGAUAUGUUAUAGCCUACAAACAAUACGACGUGUGAUGUGACGUUUGAGUUUAGCUGCUGUAAACACGGGCAAAACCCUGCAUGCGUGUACAAAAGAUAAACAUAAGAUGCUUUUCCACAAAAUAAAAUUUCAUCCAGCCCUC